ACCAGAGACGGGUUGAGCACAAAGAAUGACCGGGUAACCUUUGAGAGAAGGUGACCGGUCAUAUCAUCGCACUUGACAAACAUUGGUCCAGUAUCUCAGGCAUGGUGAACCACGUCAGAGGUCAAGAGGACACCCCGCCGCUCAUCCAUCACGAGGCACACAGUGAAAGGGAUGUUUGUCAUUUUGCAGGGCUCUCAUAUGAUGAGGAUGAUCUGGACAAGAUAGGAAGCGUAGCAAGAAAGCUGCGUGCCCUGGAAGAAAAGGUGGACGAGAAGGCGGGAGCAAAGAAGCACACCCUGGCCAAAUCACCCUUUUCGGCCAGGGUACAUGCACAAAAAUUGAGGCGUAAGGUCAAGCUCGACGUGGAAAAAUUCACUGGAAAGGAGGAUCCAAACGUCCACCUUGACACCUUCCACAAUGCAGCACAGAUGGCCGGGUGCACUGAUGCUGAGGAAUGCCUGCUCUUCUUCUCAUCCUUGAGAGGGAGGCCAGUGGAAUGGUUUAACGGCCUUCCCCAUGGCAGGAUAGGGUCCUUUGAAAAACUUGCUGAGGUUUUCCGCAAGAAGUACCAGGACAACUGCAUCAAGAGGAAGAAGUUUACCUACCUUAACACGGUAGGGCAGAGGGAGAAAGAGACCUUGACUCAAUUCUUAACCCGCUGGAGGGAUGAGGUUGACAAGGUAGAAGAAAUGGACGAUAAGACGUCCAUGUCUUUGUUGAUGAAUGUCUUUCGGUCAAGUGACCUCUACACUGAAUUCUGUAGGAGGCCGCCCUCCUCUUAUCAGGAAGCCUACAAUACGGCAUGGAAAUAUGCCGAGGCAGAAGUGCUGAACAAGAAUAAGCGGGAGCUGGAGGAAGGCUACACAAAGCCGAAAUCUGACAAGCUAAAGAAGGACGACCAGAUGGGAGGGUCCAAACUAAAGGCUACAUAUGACGGAUCCAUCCACCAAAUAAGGGAUGAUAAGAAGGGGGAGCAACCCAAGAGACAAUGGACGGAGAAGUGGUGCACAUACCACCAAUCCGAUUCCCACAACACGGCAGAUUGCCGAAAUGUCAAGGUUGUGCUCAAGGAGAUGGCCUUGAAAGGAGAGCUUGGGGAAGGUUACGCGACGGGUAAUAAGAAAGACCCGAAAGCGAACACCAGGACCCGUCAUCAGGGAAAAGACCAGGGAAGGAGAAAAUCCGGGAAGGAUAACAACAAUCCGGAUAAAGAAUUUGUACAAAUGAUUGUCGGCGGCCCGGAAGGCGGGGAUACUGCCUCCCAGCGGAAGAACUGGGCCAGGAGUUUGCACGUGGCGGUGGUUUCCCUGGAGUCACAUGGGAAGCAGGCAAGGAGGGAACCUAUCACUUUCACUGAUAGGGAUCUGCCCAGGACGGGGGGAGAUCAUAAUGACCCUUUGGUUAUUACAAUGGACAUCAAUGGAGCAGAUGUGGCCAGGGUCCUGGUUGACACAGGAAGCAGUGUCAAUGUUCUAUACUUGGAUGCUUUCAAGAAAUUGAAGCUGGACAGGUCCAUGUUGAGACCGUUGCAAACUCCAUUGUCAGGUUUCACUGGAGCUAGCAUAGAAGCGGAAGGUCAGAUCACCUUACCAGUUACCUUGGGGUCGGGAAACAGGACAGUGACCAAACAAAUGAGAUUUGUUGUGGUCGACAUCAAGUGUGUGCAUAAUGCCAUUCUAGGUAGGCCUGGGAUCAACCAAGUCAGGGCUAUUAUUUCCAUGGCACACUUAUGCAUGAAGUUUUACACUCCCAAUGGAAUCGGGGAGGAAAGGGGUGAUCAAAAGAACGCCCGGUCCUGCUACCUGGAAGCAGUGAAGAAGAUGACCCGCCAGUUCGAACAAAUUGAAUUGGUCUCCCAGCAGGUAGACAAGGGUGAGGAGAAGGCUAGGAUCGAGCCGGAUGCAAACACGGAGGAGAUCCAGAUUGAUGCCUCCAAUCCUGAGAGGAAGGUCAAAAUUGGGGCUGACCUUCAGGAAGAGCUUAGGACUGAGAUUGUCCAGGUGUUGACCAGGUAUAAAUCAUUAUUUUCCUGGAGUGUUGCUGAUAUGCCCGGGAUUGACCGGUCAGUCAUUUGCCAUCGUCUCUCUGUUCUUGAGGGCUCUAGGCCUCGGAACGAACACAUGUUCCCAUGUCUCGGCAUGCUAGCAAGACAAGUGUUAUCCGUUCCGGUAUCAACCGUAGCAGUUGAACGAGAAUUCAGUGCUGGCGGCAACAUUCUAACCGACUUUCGAAGUUGUCUUAGCGCUGAAUCUCUUGAAACACUUGUUUGCAACCAAGAUUGGCUCUUGGCAAGACGUCGAACUCAAGAGUCAACGUACCAACUCGAAUCGGAGCAUUACAUGAAUGCAAUAACAGAUGGAAGUCCGAGUUCUGAAGAAUAAGUUAUAAUUUUUUUGUUAAUGUAAAUAUGUAAUUAGUUUUUUUAGCUGAGCGAUAUAUAAGCUCCUUCGAGGGUUUUUCUUUACGGUUAUUUACCUCGUCGCUUUUUUUGAACCGUCAGGAUAUUAAAUGUGGUUGUUCUUC